AACUAACUAAACCUUUGCUGUUUUAUGUCUAGAUGAGUAUCAUGUGCCAUGAUAUUAUGUAUUCGAAUCUAGUGUAAUAGUUCCCACGCUGCUUGCAUCCUAUUGUAAAGAAAAUGUGUGUAAUAAUAUGUGUUUGUAAAUUUUAUGACUUAUUUCUCGUGAACGAUUAUGUCUUUCGUGUCAGUCAAUUAUUGAAAGGGCAAGUGUGUGGGCGUCGGGUGAAACUUUGGCGCAAGUUGCUUGUAAACCUCUACGACAGGAUUAUGGUUUCGGAAAAAAGUACAAGGAACUUGAUAAUUACUACAAACAAAGUUUAAACCAAAGCACAAUAUAUCAUAUCCAAUAAAUAUUUAAAAUUUCGAGUCAUGAUGAACAUCUUUAUGACAUCUCGAAUCCUAUUGUUGGUUGGCGUCACAUUUGCAGGAGGAAGAGGUGGGGAUGGGUGGGGCGGAAACAAUAACAACAAUGGUGGGGUAGACAGUGGGGGAGGUUGGAGGGGAGGAGGUGGCUCAUCUGCAGUAGGCUGGACCAGAGGUGGUGGUGGUGGCUGGAGUAAUCCCUCUGGGGAUGAGGGGGCCUGGAACGACGAAAUUGAGGUUGGAGGAGGAGGAGGAUGGAAUAGUGGUGGCGGUUCAGGUGGGGGUGGAUGGAGUGAAGGAGGGCGUGCCGUCCGAAACAGUGGUAAAAAGGGGGGUUCGAAGGGAGGAUCGAAUGGUGGAGGACGAGGAUGGGGGAAAAGAGGCAGAUCGCGACCUAAAGGAGGUGGAUGGGGUCAAGGUGGGGGAGGGGGAGGAGCAAAGUUAGCAAUACUGUCCUCCCUCUUGCAGAAGGUAGCAACCAUCAAGGGGGUAAUUGGAUCUCUCAAGCAAUCGAUUGCUGGGUCCUUAGCUGGGGGGCUAGGAAAGGGCGGCUUUGGAACUGCAGAUGAUGAUGACGACGGAAAUGGAUGGAGUAGUAGCAGUUCUAGUUCUAGUGGUGGGAACGAGUGGCGUGGGGUCAACAACGGUGGGGGUGGCAAUGGCUGGGGAAUGAGCGUCCCUAUUGGCUGGGGUUCAGGAGGUGGUAGUGGUAGUGGAGGUUGGGGAAAUUCUGGGAGAUAUGCAUCGGGUGGAAAUUGGGGACAAUCAAUGUUUAACCAAAAUCAAGGGGGUUGGGGUCAGUCCGCUCCGGAUAACGGUGGAAGAUAUGGCGGUGGUUGGGAUUCCGGCGGAUCUUCCAACAAUUAUCAAGGGAGCAGUGGUGGUGGUUGGAAUUCAGGCGGUAGCUCCAACAAUUAUCAAGGGAACAGUGGUGGUGGUUGGAGAGGCCAAUUUAAUCAAGGGUCAUCAAAUAAUGAUCAAGGAUGGAAUUCUAACAAUCACAAUAGUCAAAGCAAUGGCGGUUGGAACCAGCAAACUCAGUCAGGAGGGGAAGGACCAAGAAAUCAAGGAGGCUGGGGUUCAAACAGUAACCAACAAGGUGGGAAUUGGGGUCAGACUAAUUAUAACCAAGGUUGGGGAUCAAAUAAUUAUAAUAACAUAGGUGGUGGGGGGUGGGGUAAUUCAGGCCAGUCGCAGCCAAACAACCCUGGACAUAAUCAAGGAAAUAAUCAAGGCUGGGGUCAGAAUAAUCAUAACCACCACCAAGGAAGUGGGGGACAUCAAGGAAGUGGAGGGCAUCAAGGCUGGGGCCAGCAUAACAACAACAAUCAGGGGACUGCCGCCACCAACAACGUUCCACAAAAUUUACCCAGCAAUAAUCCCAGUGGGAAUCCGAACAAUCCGAACCUUUCUCAACAACCAAGUGGUAUCAAUCCCAACAACAAUAACGCUCAACCGAAUACUAAUAACCCCCAGAAUCAACAGAACAACCCUAAUAAUAAUAAUAAUAGCAACGGUUCAAACAAUAUUACUAGUCAACUACAGCAACAGCUACCCUUUCAACAAAACGUACCUCAACAGGGUCAACAAGGUCAACAACAACAACAGCGACCCCAAGGCCAAUUACAGCAAGGUGUCCAAAUACAACAACAGCAACCACAAGCUCAGCAUCAGCAGCAAUUUCAGCAACCCCAAACACAAGGACAAUUUCAGCAGCCCCAAGUACAAGGACAAUUCCAGCCUUUUCAACAACCAGGGGCGAAUUUCAACUUUGUCGCCAGAACUAAGAAAUAACGGAAAGAAGACUUUUUGUUUGUUAAAUUGAUCUUACUAUUAUUAGACACGAGAAUAAUAUUUGUAAUGCAAUAAGAUAAGUUGAGUUGAGAUGAAUAAAUAUAGAAUGUGUAGAAAUA